UAGUAGUACUAGUAGUAGUACUAGAAUUAGUAGUAGUACUACUAGAGAUAGUACUAGAAGUAGCAGUAGUAGUGGUAAUACUAGAAUCAGUAGUAGUAGUACUAGAAGAAUUAGUACUAGUAGUACUAUAAUUACUAGUAGUAGUACUAGAAGUAGUAGUCGUAGUAGUAAUAGUACUGGAAUUAGUAGUAGUAGUACUAGAAGUAGUAGUACUAGUAGUAGUAGUAGUAGUAGGAGAAGGUCGAGGAGGAAAACGAAGUGGAACAAGAAAGAGGAGCAGCAGCAGAACGAUGUCCCCGGGGAAAUCGUUUGGGCGUCCAGGGGAACAGCCCUUGUGGAAGAGCUGCUACUUAGUGGAACUGGUAGUAUGUCGAAUCGUAGUCGCAGGAGCAGGAAUAGGAAGUUGGAAGGCAAGAACGAGCAGCCGCAGCAGCAGCAGCAGCAGCAGCAGCAGCAGGAGCAGCAGGAGCAGAAUGAGAUCGACGAGGAAAUAAUCUAUGUAUCCAAUGAGACAGCCCUGAUGGAGGCUAUGAUGUCGCCGGUGACGGCAACGCGGUCGUCAGUGACGAUAGUGGUGAGAGCGCACUUGUCCGGAACUGGUAGUAUGUCGAAUCGUAGUAGCAGGAGCAGGAAUAGGAAGUUGGAAGGCAAGAACGAGCAGCCGCAGCAGCAGCAUCAGCAGCAGCAGCAGGAGCAGAAUGAGAUCGACGAGGAAAUAAUCUAUGUAUCCAAUGAGACAGCCCUGAUGGAGGCUAUGAUGUCGCCGGUGACGGCAACGCGGUCGUCAGUGACGAUAGUGGUGAGAGCGCACUUGUCCUUCCCUUUGAACGUGGAGCUGCGAAUUAACGUUGACGCCAACAUUACUUUGAUGGGAGACUGCGGGCUACGCAGGUGCAUUAUAAAUGGGUGCAAUGGGGCUUUCUGCUACCGGCAUGAUGGGCAAUUAGGAAGGGGAUCAUUAUCUUGCUACAAUCUCGACUUUCAAUCGACGUGCAUGCAGCUCAACAACACGAGACUGGAAUUGCACAACUGCGCCUUUAGAGCGGGCACGCAGUUGUCCAUCUCCUACCCAUCAUCCAGAUUCAGGCCUGAGAUAGAUGGCUAUGGCGACAGCGAUAAGACUGGCUAUGGCUGCGAAGGCUGUGAGGGUGGCUAUCCGACACGAACGGUAGUGAUAGACAGGUGCUUCUUCGGGGAUCUCAGGGACGGGCUGCAGUUGAUGGGACUUCCCCGCUCCGUGUGCAUCUCGCGCUCUGUGUUCUUCUCCAAUCGCACGUGGGAGAUGGCGCUGACCAUCUCUUCGACGGGAGUUAGCCGGGACAAGAUUGUACGGUUCUUUGACUGCGAGUUCGGCUACGUUGACUCUGUCGGUACAUUCAAGACCGGGAACAUCAAACUGUCUGUCGAUCCGAUGUCAACCUCCUCCUCCUCCUCCUUCUCCUCCUCCUCCUCCUCCUCCUCCUCCUCCUCUACCUCCCCCUCGCCGUCCUUAUCACCACCACCACCUCCUCCUCCAUCUCCUGAUCCGCCAAUCGCGUCGUCAAUGCCGGCGGCAAGGGGCUUGAUAGCUUCUGCCGGCGCUCUUAGCGACGGGGGCGCUAGCGACGCCGGCCUUCCGGCUAUGGCGGCGUCGCAGAACACAACGAUAUCGUUCGUGAACUGCACGUUCCACAAACUAGCGUGCAAUCUUUCCGCCUUUCUAAUGGACAUCCACUCCUCGACUUCUUCAUCACUCGGCGAACUUCAAGGCGUUGUAAGCCCUCAAGUGAGAUUCUGCGGGGUGGAGUUCAGGCACGUGGCGGCGAUUGCGUCCGCCAACGACGACGAAGAACCACCUCCGCCGACGCCGUCUGUCAAUGGUGGCAAUCGACCGUCGUCAUCAUGUCCUGAAGCCGUCGACAUGGACGUCGAUUUGCUCUAUCCCGGAAAUCAGACGGUGGAUAUUGCGCAAUGCUCGUCCAGUGGCGGCGAAGAGGUGGGUAGUGGUGUCGUCCGCACGUGCAUCCGGAGGGCAGGUGUCGCUGACCCGAUGAUUGAUGUUGAGAACAACACCUCCGGUGCGUGUGCUGAGUGCAGUUACCUCGGUUUAUGCUGCAAUGCCACCCGGAUCCCGAUCGACGAAACAGCGGAAAGAUGGCCGCUGGAACCGUUCGAUACGCCGUUGGCGCCGCCAGCGCCGCCAGCCCCGCCGCCGGCGGGGGGCGGUAUUCGAAGGGCAGCAGAUGAAAGAGGCGGGAAACGCACGAGGGGCGGCAUGUUGGGCGGCCAUGCGGAAGCGGCGGCGCUAGCUAUCGCUAUCACGGCGGGCAGCGUCCUGUUGACUGCCACAGCAGCAUGUCUCGGAGCGCACGCCUGGAAGCAGAAGCGGCGGCGGCGGCGGCAGCCGCGCUCGUUGCCUCAACGUUUCUUCAACAAGGAGAAAGGACUUUCGCAGCCCCCGUCGGAGUUCCAGCGACUGCGGAGUUUCAGCUACAAAGAACUCAGCGAGGCGACGAACGGCUUUGCCACUGUCAUCGGCCAAGGCGGGAGUUCCGACGUCUAUAAAGCCAUCCUGGCAAACGGGGAGGUAGUUGCCAUCAAGUCGCUGAAGCGAGAGCGGUGGAGGAGCGAACGGGAGUUCCUCCAAGAAGUCAGCAUUCUGGGACGCAUUUCGCACACAAACCUUGUCAUGCUCGUUGGGUUCUGUACUGAGCAGGAUCGUUAUUUUCUUAUCUAUCAGUACGUAUCCAACGGCACACUAAGAGAUCAUCUCCACCAUGCUCCUCCUCCUCCUCCUCCUCCUCCUCCUCCUCCUCCUCCUCCUCCUCCUUCUUCUACUUAUCCUGCUCAUCCCGCUGCUGCUACUCCUCCUCCUCCUCCUCCUCCUCCUCCUCCUUGUUCAACUUCUCCUCCUCAUCCCGCUGCUGCUCCUACUCCGGCGGUUCCCGCUACUCUUUCUCCUUCGUCAGCAGCUGCUGCUGUUUCCAGUUCAGAAUCUCCUCCUCUUUCGCCUGGCUCGUUGGGAAUAGAGAAAGAUGGAGGAGGGGGUUUGGGCGCUCCACCACCAUCUCGGCGCGUCCUUGAUUGGCCCACGCGAGUGCGAAUCGCCCACGAGGUGGCGAUGGCGCUUGAGUACCUCCACCACUCUCUCUCUCCCCCGCUUGUUCAUCGAGACAUCAAGCCUGAGAACGUUCUGCUGCAAGGGGAUUUCUCUCCCAAGGUGGCGGACUUCGGUCUCUGUCGGACGAUCAAUCCGGACGUCAACAACUUGAUGACAGUUCCCGCCGGUACGCUGGGUUACAUGGCGCCAGAGAUCUUCGAAGGCUUCUCGGUGACUGAGAAGGUGGACGUUUACAGCUAUGGCGUCCUCUUGCUGGAGCUCAUUACGGGAAGAAGACCCUUCGGCAAGGACUUCGCCUUGGUGCCUUGGGUGAAGCGUCAGGUCACGGACGAGGAGUCGGCCAAGGAUGUGGCCGACCCCAAACUGCAGAGAGAAUUCGAUGGCAGUCAGUUAUACAUGCUGAUCGGGCUCGCGAGGAGGUGUUUGUCCGAGAGAAUGGAGCUAAGACCGACCAUGCGGAAUGUCGUAAGAGCUUUCGAAAGAAUACGGGGCCUCGAUCACGAGACCGCCGGUUCCAUGGAGAUGCUGGCUAUGGAAGCGACUCCAUGGCCGUUGCCAUUAUACCACGUGAAGUGGGCGAAGAAUGCCAACAGAGAAGGCGGAGAUCAACCGGGUGAUAACCAUGUGGAGGAGGAGGAAGAGAGGGAGAAGGCAGAGGAGAAAGACGAGGAGGAGGAGGAGGAGAGAGUAAGGGAGGCAAAGGAGAAAGACGAGGAGGAGGAAGAGGAGGAAGAGGAAGAGGAAUUGGUGGACGGAAUUCAUGAUCUAACAGGGCAGAACGAGAGGAGGAGGCGAAUCUCCCAUGCUCCUAGUGUAAUGGUCCAGUCCCCCAGGACUGCGUGGGCAUAUAGCUCUGGCACUAUGACCAGCCUUCACGGAGUGUCCUUGACUUCACUCCCGUAUUCGUCGGAUCUGGAGGAGGCUUUGCCCCUCGCAACCGUCGAUUUGCGGUAGAAAUGAUUGAUUGCAUCGUGGGAAAAAAAAAAGUAUCCUCGUCUUCAGUUUUAGUCCCCAUAGGGCCUCGCUCCACCUCUCUCGAAAUGUGCAAAACGAGA